AGGGCAAUACAACUCUGCUUCUUCUAGGCAGCAGGUUUACUUCCUGGCUGCCGCUGUUUGAGGGACAGGGGCUGUGCACUUUCUCAUGAGAAAGAAUAAAGACCUUUUCUGAUCUCUGGUUCAGACUCCGGACUUUUGAUUCUGGUGCUGGUUGUCCCACACACCAGCACAGGCGGGGCAGAGGCCAGGACUUUGGAGAGACUGGAGAUGAGUUGGAAACACAAUCCAAGGAGCUAUGAGUAUCGCUGGGAGACUAGAGGCUCUGAAAGCCCAUAUGGGCAAUCAUACCAGGCAUCAGACCCUAACACUGUGUAUGUCAAGGGUGCCUGCAAAAAUAAUGGAAGAGAAGGAGCGCAAGGAGGUAUUGGUGUCUUCUGGGACCCCAACAAUGCUCGAAACAUAAGUAGUACACAUUCUGGACGACAGACAAACCAAAGAGCAUCAUUGGAAGCAGCUACCAAAGCGAUCGAGCAAGCAAAGGCCCAAAAUAAGGACAGACUCACUGUGUACACAGAUAAUCAUCUUGUCAUCAAAGGCAUGAAUGAAUGGAUUCACAAUUGGAAAGAAAAUGACUGGAAAACAAGUAAAAAUAAAGAAGUAGUCCACAAAGACCAAUUCUCUAAGCUGGAUACUAUGACUCAGGACAUGAAGGUUGAGUGGAAGUAUGUACCUGCCAGUUCGAAAGUUGAAGGCAAUACUGAAGCUAAAAGAUUAGCCAGAGAAGCAACUAGAAAGAAGUGAGAAGACUCAAUUAAUACUUUGCAGAGGGUGAAAUUUAAAGUGUUACUCUCUUUAGUCCUGCAAUAUAAUCUCCAAAUCAAUCUCUUUACCCUUCUCCCCCUCUUGUGUUGUAGCUGUCUUCCAUGACUAUCUGUUUAGCUAUGUGCUAUUUUAAUUUUUCUUCAAUAAUAUGAACAAAAUACUAUAUUUUAUACUAUAAACAUGCUAUAAACAAUUAUAGAAAUUGUUCACAUUUACUACUAAUUAGAGUAGAAAUUAUUAUAAACAUACUCUAAACAAUUAUAGAAAUUAUUCACAUGUACUACUAAUAAAAGAAAGGCAGAUUCCUCAUCUCUGUCAGAUCCAACUGAACUCUGAUGUGCUCAGCUCUUACCCUAAACUACCUAUAAGCUAAUCCAGACUGCUAUCUAAAGAUGCCUGUCUGGGCCAUGCAAUCUGCCCCUCUGGUGCAUUCUUGCGACUUUUAGGAAUUAGAACUUUUAAAAGUCUUUUCAUUUACCCAGCAAUUGAACUCUCUAAUAAUAUGUUGUCUCCUCCCCCACCCCCUGCCAAACUGUGAACUUGACCAUAGACUGUCUUUCCAUGGUUGUCAUCCAUCCCCAAUACUGAGCUUAGUAGGAAUUCAAUAAAUGUUUUUUCAUUAA